AUGUCAUCUAUAUCAGUCACGCAAGCAGGAGAAUUUCACGCGCAUUUUCAGUCCCGACAACAAGACAUCGUACAACUAUUCGAAUCAUCAAAUCCAAACUUGGUCGAAAUAAGUAAACGUAUCUCGUCAUUACGAAACGAUGUAAAUGGCAUAUUGGACAACUUACCCUUAUACGAUAGAGGAAGAUAUGAGAAACAAUUAUCGGAAUUGGAAUCAAAAUUAUCAAUAAUCAGAAUCAAGCAAAAUGGUCAAUCCAAAUCGAAAUCAAAGUUCUCUUUUGCUAAAUCGAGUACUAGCACUUCUAAUUCUAAUUCCAAGUCGAGUAGUAAUGCGGGCUCUGCUUCUCCAAUACCGCCAAUCGCGUCAAUAUCAACAUCAACAUCAACAUCAAUUUCAACAUCAACAUCAACUUCACCUCUAAUUCCACCGGUCUCAAUAAUCCCUCAAACCCAAACGACGAUAAAUGAUCAAUCAAUUCACACUAUCUCCGACAUGACAUUGUCGAUUAUACGUCCACCUACCAACACUAACCUUCAAGGAAGUUAUACCAUCUCAUUAACGAAUUUGGAUUCUUGUAUAAUCGAUCUAAGGUCAAUUCCGAAUCCAGGUCCAAUUCCAAUUCCAGAUCAUAUCUCAACAACGUCACUCCCAACCACAAUCACAAGUGAAGCUAAAGUGAAUCCCGUAUUAAAUGCAAUUCACGUCAAGGGAUUAAAGAAGUGUAUUUUACUCUCACCGAUAAUAGGUGGAAGUGCAUUAUUAGAUGAUGUACAAGAUUGUUUACUUGUUUUGGGAUGUCAACAGUUCAGAAUACAUUCAUCGACCAAUACCACAGUCCUUCUAAACGUAGCUUCAUUACCAAUUAUCGAAUAUUCCAAAUCAAUGAAAUUCGGUUCAUACCCCACCUCACUUGUUUCCACUGACAACGAAAAUGAACACAGUAAUAUCAAUCAUACCAAAGUGCAAGAUUUCGAUUGGCCCCUACCUACCCCUUCACCCAAUUGGUCUUCCAUCUCCGAUAAGCAAGUAUCUGCAAUCCUAUCGGAAAGCGAUAUAGAAAUUAUAAACGGAUUAGAUGAAGGAAGUGAUGUUGCCGAAUUGCUCAAUCGACUUUUGCCUUCUCUUUAA